GUUUAGAGGGAUCGGUGAGAAUAUCCUCCGUGCCCCUGGUAGCGGUCGCCUCUAGCAGCGCAGUGCCCUGCCCGGAAAGUACAUGCAAACGUGAACUUCUCUUGUGAGCGACGGAUACUCGUGGCUGAUCGGUGAAGCGAGCGACCCUUCGGGAGAAUGCCGAGGAAACGUCGAGACUCAUACUCGGAUGAAGACUCCUACGAUCGAAGACCCCAGAGACGGCGCGAUGACCACCCGCGCCGGUACGAUCAACGUGAGGAGUCCGGGCUCGAUCUUAGGGAUGAUCGCCGCCGAGUAGAUCGACUGGACGACCGAUGGCAAGAUCGUCGGGACCACCGAUGGCAAGAUCGACGGGACGAUCGCCGCGAUGAACGACGCGGGCGCAGGCAUCGAUCGCCGGAUGACUCACUGCGGAAGAGAGAGCCGUCUCCGAAACGGAAGAUUCCAACAAGGGUCAGGAGAUCCUGUACCGAUGUCGUUUUCCUGCUACUCUUCAUCCUGACAGUGGUGACGUGGCUCGCACUCGCUAUGAUCGUAUUCACGCAAGUCAACGUGAGAGAAUUGAUAGCGAACAUCGUGAAGGACGGACAAGACGGUCGGUGCGGCGCAGAGGGUCGAGGAAAGUUUUUGUACUUGAAAAAUUUCAAGGAUGUGUUCAAGAUGGAUGGACUUCUGCCAAAUAUCGGUUCAGACGACCGGGAGAAGUGGUGCGUCGAGGAAUGCCCCCGAGAGCUAAUAUAUUUCAAUACGACAACUAACGAGGCAGAUGUACAAUACAUGGCCUGCUUCGUCAAUGCCACGGAGCGAAUACGAGCGAAGCGUGGAGGUCAAAAACUCACGGAAUUGAAGAAUCAAAUCGAAGAGAAACAAUGUGCCGAAUACGUUUACCCAACGAGAACAAUCCUGUCCUUCUGCAUUCCCGACCUGCGCGAUCUCAAUCAGAAGCUCGAAAAAAUCAUAGAAAGAAAACACGCCGGCGAAUUGUCCCAGUAUGAUUGGGAAUUUCACAAGAUGAAGUCGAACAACGUGACUCAAGAAAUCACCGAGCUUGCACAACCCGAGACUGUUGUCCAAAUCGUAUUGGACCUUUGGGAUUCGCGUCUUCUGAUAUUGGGAGGACUCGGGGUCUCGUUGAUCUUGGCUCUGCUCUGGAUGCUAUUGAUGCGAUACUUCGCUGGUUUCAUCGUCUGGGUCACGACACUUCUCUUGCCUGCUGUUUUCGGAGCGCUGACCGUAUUCUGUGGCUUUUGGACCUACGCGAUACAUGGCGUCAACCAAGAUAGCUUCCAAGUGCAACGGAUCUCCAAUCCCGUGUACCUCGUUUCACGAUACGAAUUCCGUUUGGCCGUUUCCAUCAUUGUGGGAACUUUUUUCCUCGUUUCGCUCGCGCUAUUAGCGUUCCUGUGGAAGAGGAUUAGAGUUGCGGUCGCUCUCCUGAAACAGGCGUCGAGGUCCAUCAGCAACUUGCCGACGCUCUUAAUCUUCCCAAUCUUCCCAUACUUGCUCCAAGCCGCAGGUGUUGCUCUCGGGGUCUCGAUUAUCUUUUUGAUUUCGACGCUGCGAUCUGAGGUGGCAAAGAAGAAUAAUGACUUUGUGAACACCUGCAAAGAAGCAUUGGGAGCUUUGUCCAGCGAGGAUGCUUGCGUCCACAUUUUGACAGCCCUUAGCACCGGCGUCUAUGUACACGUGUUCAACAUAUUCUGUUCCUUCUGGAUUGUUAUGUUCGUCGGAUCUUUCGGCUACCUGGUAGUCGCUCACGCAGUCGCCAGAUACUUCUGGACUCACAAGGACGCGGGCACCGAGUGUAUGGCCGUAGGGGCUUCUUUCGGCACAGCGGCGCUCUACCAUACGGGAACGGUCGCGUUCGGCUCGCUGAUCGUGUCCAUCGUAUCGAUCGUACGAAUCGUCCUAGAAUGGUUUCAGAAUAAGACGAAAAAAAGUGGCGAUUCUUCAUGGCUUCACAAGGUUGCCAAAUGCUGCUCUUGUUGCUUCUUCAUACUGGAGAAGUUUCUCAAGUAUAUCAACAAGAAUGCAUUUAUCAUGGUUGCGAUGUAUGGUAAAAACUUCUGCCGAUCAGCUGGGAAGGCGUUCUCUCUGAUCGUUAGCAACGCCCUCCGGACCCUCGUCGUCACCAAACUGACAGAUUUUGUGAUCUUCAUCGCAAAAUUCGUGACUUCGGCCACUUCCGCUAUGAUCCUGUACUUCGUGAUCCAAGCAGAAUCGUUGCAAAGACCGCUGAAGAUCCCGCCACUUUUCUCUGUCUUCGUUCCAGUUGUCGCAACCGGAAUCGCUUCCUUCGUGGUCACCUCUUGUUUCUUCAAUGUCUACCGGAGCGCCGUCGAUACUCUUUUCCUGUGUUUCCUUGAGGACAAGAAGAUCAACGACGGCUCAAGGGAGAGACCGUACAAAAUGCCGAGCGAGCUGAAAAAGAUUUUCGAUCGAAAAAAUCACAGGAGAGCCUAGAAACCUCAUUUUUCUCUGCUUCAGCGUUCGUUAUCGGAGUUCGUCCACUCGAAGAAUCUAUUAAAGUUCGAGGAGGGGCAUCGGAGACAGUGUCUGGGGCCGGAUGAACACCAUAUGUGCGGAUUGCGAAGUCUGUCGGAAUAAAGCUUGUAUCAUACA